CCAAUCAAUUUUAUUUCAAUCGAUUGUAGUGUUUUGUGUUCCUAGUAUAUUUUUCUUUCACAUCUCUAGUUAAUCUAUGUACAAAUUCUGUAUAGUCAGUCUACCACCCCCGUCAACUACUCUCCAGGGGAUAUUAGUAUAGAACACAGCAUCGUUAGAAUUUCCAUUUCCAAUUAGAAAUUAAUUAAACAGGCAAGUUCUGUUAUGCUUACAAUAAUAAACAGCAGCUUCCUUUGUUUCUGUUACAAUCAUGAAGAAUCCAAGCAGCAAACACCUUCAUAAAUCAAUAACCAUGAAACCCUUUCUCACUCCUCUGUUCCUUCCCCUGUUUCUGCACAUCAUCACCUUGCACGUGGCCGGUGACACUUCUCCUAUCUACACUCCGGUCGAUGAUAUUACCCUUCAAUGUGGCUUUUCCGGCGACAAACUCAAUCCAGACGACACCAGAACUUGGACUGGAGAUAUCAACUCAAAGUUUUCCCCCUUUGAAAACCAAGCAGCUGGCAGCCCCUCCAUAUCCAGACAAGCACCUUCUUCCUCCUCUGAAAGCCAAGUACCUUACCGCACUGUGAGGCUUUCUCGCUCUGAAUUUACAUACAGAUUUCCAGUCACCACCGGCCCAAAGUUCAUUCGUUUGUAUUUCAACCCAGCUUCAUAUGGCCCUGACUUCGACCGAUCCGAAGCCCUCUUCUCAGUCAAAGCCGGUGGCUUCACCCUUCUCAAAGACUUCAACUCUUCAGUCACUGCCGAUGCUUCUGGGUCUGCUACAAUAUACAGAGAAUUCUGCCUCAACGUUGAGUCAGAACAGAGCUUGAACAUCACCUUCAACCCAAGCAGAGCAACUUCAGAUGCGUAUGCGUUUAUCAACGGAAUUGAAAUUGUGUCCGUGCCCAACAAUCUUUACUACACCUCUGCUCAAAAUUCAGAUGGAGUUAAUUAUAUAGGCAGCGAAAACACAUUUCCGAUCGAAAACGGCACUGCGCUGGAGAUGGUGUACCGAUUCAACGUCGGUGGAAGAUCACUGUUUUUCAAUCAGGACACUGGUAUGUACCGAAACUGGUACGGCGAGCAAGAUGAGAACAAGUACUUAGACAAUUUAAGUUUAAAGUUUAGUGUUUUACCGCAAAAUAGUAGCAUUGAACUCAACUUUACUGAAAUAGCGAAGUACUCUGGUCCAGAAGAACUUUACCGAACUGGCCGGUCAAUGGGCAUAAACAAGACCAUAAACAAGAGCUAUAAUCUCACCUGGGAGUUCCCUGUCGAUCCCAAGUUUUUGUACCUGCUUAGGCUUCAUUUUUGUGAGUUUGGACCUGAUAUUACCAAGCCCAGAGACCGACAGUUUCAGAUCUUCAUCGCCAAUCAAACAGCUUUCGGAAUUUUCUUGGGUUUCAGGCGAGGAGGAAAAGUCAAGGACUCAAGCUCCAGCCACGGAACAAAGUGGGGUCCAUUUUCUUUUUCGACGAACAAGUCAACCAAGACUCGCAGCUCGUCUCUACCGUCGGAUCUGUGUCGUUACUUCUCACUAGCAGAGAUCAAAGCCGCCACCCAAAACUUCAAUAGUGUUUUCAUUAUUGGCGUUGGUGGGUUCGGCCACGUGUACAAAGGGAACAUCAACUUUGACGGUGGCGCCACCUCCGUUGCGAUCAAACGGCUGAAACCAGAGUCAUCGCAAGGGGCUCUCGAGUUCAAGACGGAGAUCGAGAUGCUUUCGCAGCUCCGCCACAACCAUUUGGUGCCGCUCAUCGGGUAUUGUACGGAUGAAGGCGAGAUGAUCUUGGUGUAUGAUUACAUGGCACGUGGGACCCUCCGCGACCAUCUCUAUCACACUGAUAAUCCACCUCUUGCAUGGGAUCAAAGGCUCCAGAUUUGUAUUGGCGCGGCACGUGGGCUGCACUAUCUUCACACGGGCGCGAAGUACACGAUCAUUCACCGUGACGUGAAGAGCACGAACAUCUUAUUGGACGAGAAAUGGGUGGCUAAGGUUUCAGAUUUCGGGCUUUCAAAAAUGGGCUCCACCACCGUGUCCAAGACCCAUAUCAGCACGGUGGUGAAGGGUAGUUUCGGGUAUUUGGACCCAGAAUACUAUCGCCGUCAACAGCUGACGGAGAAGUCUGAUGUGUACUCAUUUGGGGUAGUGUUGUGUGAGGUAUUGUGCGCGAGGCCGGCUUUGAUCCGUACGGUGGAGAAGAAGCAAAUGAGCUUGGCUGAGUGGACCAAAAUCUGUCAUCGAAAUGGGAAAAUUGAUCAAAUCAUUGAUCCGAGCUUGAGGGGUAAGAUUGGAAAUGCGUGUUUGAAUAAGUACGUUGAGAUCGCGGUGAGCUGCCUCCAAGAUAAUGGGAUUGAACGGCCGUCGAUGAACGACGUGGUGUGGGGGCUUGAGUUUGCAUUGCAGCUUCAACAGAGCGGAGGAAGAGUUUUGAAUUUGAGCGAGGAGAAGAAGGGUGAAGAUGAGGAGUCGUUAAUGAAUGCUGCAAGUGAUGCAGGGUUUAGUUGUAGCUGGGAAGACUCGUCAUCGGAGUUGAAGGUUAGUAGGGUGACCAACAGUAGUAGCGAUCACAAUUCUUCAACCAACGAGUCCAUGAAAGGAAUGUCUGGGACAGUCUUCUCUGAGAUUAACGAUCCCAAUGGAAGACUCUCCCUAUGUAUAUAUAUAUAUACAUGUAUCAUGAACAUGUAUAUAAUAACCCAAGCAUCAAACAAACACCUUGAUACAAUUACCAUGAUACAACCAAUUCUCAGCACUCAUCUCUACUUUUCCUUGUUUCUGCACAUGAUCGUUGUCACCAUAUUCGUUGCCGGCGAUUCGCCACCUAUCUAUAAGCCAGUCGAAGAUAUCACCGUCAAUUGUGGCUCUUCUGACAACACAUUCAAUGAAUAUGAUAACCGAAGUUGGAGUGGAGAUAUCAACCCAAAAUUUUCACCCCUUGAACCCCAAGCAGUUGGCAACACAUCCAUAUGCAAAGAAGCACCUCAUUCGUACACCGUCCAACGAGUGCCUUACGCCACAGCGAGGCUUUCUUACUCUGAAUUUACCUACAGAUUUUUUCACCUCACCCCCGGCCAAAAGUUCGUCCGUCUGUAUUUCUACCCAGCUUCAUACCCCGACUUUGAUUCCUCCAAAGCCCUCUUCUCUGUCAAAGCCGCUGGUUUUACCCUUCUCCACGACUUCAAUGCGUCAGUCACUGCUGCUGCUUCUAGGCUGGAGGAGGAGACGGUAUACAGAGAAUUCUGUAUGAACAUUGGGGAGGAAGAAGAAGAACAGAGUAUAAGCAUCACGUUCACUCCGAGCAGCGCAAUCGCAGAUGCGUAUGCAUUUAUCAACGGAAUUGAAAUUGUGUCCAUGCCUACCAACCUUUACUACACAACAGAUGGGAUUCAAUUUGUAGGCAGUGAAAACAACGACUUUCGCAUUGAAAACAGCACAGUUCUGGAGACGGUUUAUCGAAUCAACGUGGGCGGAAGUGAGGUCUCUUUUGUUAAAGACACCGGCAUGUACCGCUAUUGGUAUUCUUAUACAUACGAGGAAAGGUACUUGGAGGUGUUAAGUUCUAAGUAUAGUGUUUUGCCACAAAAUGUUAGUAUUCAACUCCGUUUUACCACAAAACCACAGUACUCUGCUCCAAAAGAAGUUUACCAAACCGCUCGAGCAAUGGGCAAAAACACAACCAUAAACAAGAGCUACAACCUUACAUGGCAAUUUCCUGUUGAUUCCAAUUUUCGUUACCUAGUUAGGCUUCAUUUUUGUGAGUUUCAACCUGAAGUUAUGGUAGUGGGAUAUCAAGUGUUUCUAAUUUACAUGGAUAAUCUAGAGGCUGAAAAAAGAGCGGACAUAAUCAUGUGGGCUGGUGGGAAUGGGAUUCCAACAUACAGAGACUACUUGGUGUUCAUACAGCCUACAGGCUCCGCAGGAAGCAAGAAGAGAGUGAAUCUCGUCAUUGCACUGCAGGGAAAGCCAAAUGGUUUUGGUACUAAAAUCAGCGAUGCAAUGUUGAAUGGUCUGGAAAUCUUCAAACUCAACAACUCAGACGGCAAUCUCGCGGGACCCAACCCCGAUCCACCUCCUAUGGACCCAGAAAAUACGACGCCGUCGGCAGGCCCAGAAAAACCUAAGUCAAGGAGUACUCCUUUGCUUGCCAUUGUUGCUGGCGUAGUUUCCACCACAAUCGCACUGCUCUCUGUUCUAGGGUUAUUCUUAGGUUUCAGGCGACGACAGAAACUGAAUGACAAUGAUCUCUCCACUCGCAAAGCGACCAACUCAACCAAGAGCCGGCGCUCAUCCUUACCGUCCGAUUUGUGUCACUACUUUUCCUUGUCGGAGAUUAAAGCCGCCACCCGUAACUUCAGCGAUAUUUGUAUUAUUGGGCGUGGCGGGUUUGGUAACGUGUAUAAAGGAUACCUUGACGAUGGGGCGACCCCCGUUGCGAUAAAACGGCUGAAACCCGAGUCAUCACAGGGGGCCCACGAAUUCCAGACGGAGAUCCAAAUGCUUUCACAACUUCGCCACCAGCAUUUGGUGUCUCUCGUAGGAUACUGUACAGACGAUGGUGAGAUGAUCUUGGUCUAUGAUUACAUGGCACGUGGGACCCUUUGUGACCACCUCUACCACACAGAUAAUCCAUCUCUAUCUUGGGAUCAACGGGUCCAAAUUUGUAUCGGUGCAGCUCGAGGGUUGCACUAUCUUCACACGGGUGCGCACUACACUAUCAUCCAUCGUGAUGUAAAGAGCACCAACAUCUUAUUGGAUGAGAAAUGGGUGACUAAAGUCUCGGAUUUUGGGCUUUCAAAAAUGGGAACCAUCACCAUGUCCAAGACCCACAUCAGCACGAUGGUGAAGGGUAGUUUCGGGUAUUUAGACCCAGAAUACUACCGUCGUAACCAGUUGACUGAGAAGUCUGAUGUGUACUCGUUUGGCGUGGUGUUGUGUGAGGUGUUAUGUGCGAGGCCGGCUUUAUUACGAACCGUGGAGAAGAAGCAAAUGAGUUUAGCCGAGUGGGUCAAGAGCUGUCAUCGCAAAGGGACACUUGAUCAAAUCAUUGACCCGAGCCUCAAGGGUAAGAUUGGAAACGCGUGCUUGAAUAAGUUUGUUGAGAUGGCGAUAAGUUGUAUGCAUGAUAAUGGGAUCGAACGGCCGUCGAUGAAUGACGUGGUGUGGGGGCUGGAGUAUGCAAUGCAACUUCAUCAAAGAGAGGAGAGAGAGAAAGAUUUAGACCUUGAAAACAAGGGUGAAGAUGAGGUUGCGUUGAUGAAUGAUAAUCAUUCUACAGGGUUUACUACUAGUCGUAGUUGGGAAGGAGAGACGUUGAACAGCGGGCUGACCAAAACAAGUAGCGAGCAAAACUCUACAACUAACGACUCAAUUAAAGGGAUGUCGAGGAUAGUGUUUUCUGGGAUCGACGAUUCCGAUGGGAGAUGAUGAUUGAUGAUCAACAUUUUUAGUCAGAACAAUCACAGGCUAGGGCCUGGACUAUGAUAUUUAUUUGUAUUAGCUAGUAUGAGAAUAAAUAAAUAAAUAAAAAUAAGAGUAUUAGCUAGGGCCUGGACUAUGAUAUUUAUUUGUAUUAGCUAGUAUGAGAAUAAAUAAAUAAAAAUAUGUAUAUAUGUUACCAACCAUCUCAA